AUUCCCAUGCUGUUCGAAUGGGAUGUCCAAAAAGCUCCUAUAGGUGUGAUGAUCAGGUGUCACACAAAUGUCUUGCUGCCAAGGGGAGGGGGGCAAAACUAGUACAAAUGCACAUAAUUUUGGAAUGGAAUGUCCAGCAAGCUCAUCUAGGUGUGAUGGUCAGGUGUCCAUAAAUGUCUUGCCACCAGGAGGAGGGGGCCAACUCAGUGUAAAUGCCCAUAGUUUUGGAAUGGGAUGUCCAACAUGCUCACCUAGGUGUGAUGGUCAGGUGUCCACAAAUAUCUUGCCACCAAGGGGAGGUGGCCAACUCAGUAUCAAUGCCCAUAGUUCUGGAAUGGGAUGUCCAACAAGCUCAUUUAGGUGUGAUGGUCAGGUGUCCACAAAUGUCUUGCCACCAAGGGAGGGGGCCAAAUCAGUAUAUAUGACCACAGUUUUGGAAUAGGAUGUUCAACAUGCUCAGCUAGGUGUGAUGGUCAGGUGUCCACAAAUG